GCCGGUUACGCGGUGAUUGCCCCGGAUAGAGGCUCAACCUGGAGUCGCGGAGGGGUCGGCGGAUCGCCCAGUUCUCUCGGGAGAAGCUGCAGGAGCGGAGGGACAAGAUGUUCUCUAAGAUCUCGUCUAUUUUACAACAGGCCGUGGAGGCGCUCGCGCCCUCUCUGCCCCUACAAGAAGACUUUGUCUAUCACUGGAAAGCCAUCACCCAUUACUACAUCGAGACGUCCGAUGACAAGGCCCCAGUGACGGACACAAAUAUCCCCUCCCACCUGGAGCAGAUGCUGGACAUUCUGGUGCAGGAGGAGAAUGAGAGGGAGUCGGGGGAGACGGGACCCUGCAUGGAGUAUUUGUUGCACCACAAGGUCCUAGAGACCCUCUACACCCUGGGGAAAGCCGACUGUCCCCCCGGAAUGAAGCAGCAAGUCCUGAUUUUUUAUACAAAACUUCUCGGAAGGAUCCGACAGCCUCUUCUUCCUCACAUCAACGUGCACAGACCCGUACAGAAACUGAUCCGACUGUGCGGCGAGGUCUUGGCCAAUCCGACGGAAAACGAAGAAAUCCAGUUCCUGUGCAUCGUAUGCGCCAAGUUAAAGCAAGACCCCUAUUUGGUAAACUUCUUCCUGGAGAACAAAUCCAAGGGGGCUCAGUCUGGAGGUUACAUUUUCCCGGGGGGCAGUGCCCAACACGAGCUGCUGAAUGACACGGGACAGCCGGAGAGAACCGUCGGAGCCAACGCAGAUCCUGGAAACGAAUCCUCGUCAGGUGACCUGAAACCUUCCGCAUCAUCAGAAGCGUCGGCCAAUCACAUCCAGCAGGAUUACAAUUUGGUGAACUCCUUGUUAAACCUCACAAAAAGUCCGGACGGCCGGAUUGCUGUAAAGGCCUGUGAGGGGCUCAUGUUGCUGGUGAGUUUACCCGAGGUGGCAGCCGCUAAGUGCCUAACGCAGAGCACCUCCCUGUGCCAACUCCUCACCGACAGACUCACCUCCCUGUACCAGGCGCUGCCGCACUCCAUCGACCCUCUGGAUAUUGAAACAGUGGAGGGCAUCAACUGGGGGCUGGACUCAUACAGUGUUAAGGAAGAUGCCUCGGCGUUUCCCGGAAAAAGAGCCCUCAUUUCCUUCCUGUCCUGGUUCGACUAUUGUGAUCAGCUGAUUAAAGAAGCGCACAGGAUCGCUGCCUCCGCUAUGGCCAGAAGUGUGCGCGAGAGAUUCCUGGUUGGCAUCAUGGAACCCCAACUCCUGCAGACGUCUGAGAUUGGAAUUCUAACGGCUACAGCUCUGCUCCACCGCAUUGUCCGGCAGGUCACGUCCAAAUCCCUCCUGGAACAGAUUGUCUAUUUCAUCCUGGGGGAGCACAGGGACCCCGAAACUCUACGGGACAUCCACAAGACCCCACUGCGCCACCGCCUCAUUGAGCACUGCAAUCACAUCUCAGACGAGAUCAGCAUCAUGACCCUGCGGCUAUUUGAGCACCUCCUGCACAAGCCCAACGAGCACAUUCUGUACAACCUGGUUCUGCGCAACCUGGAGGAACGGAAUUACACCGAGUAUAAACCCCCGUGCCCCGAGGAUAAAGACAUUGUGGAGAACGGACAGAUCCCAGGGGCAGUAGAUUUGGAAGAAGAUCCCAUUUUUACGGGCAUGUCCCCCGAAAAUACGCUCUCCAAAGAAUGGCUCAGCGCCUCGCCCCCCAUUACCCCAGAGCAUCACAGGACUGACGGCAAGACAGAAGUGCAUAAGAUUGUAAACAGUUUUCUCUGCUUGGUCCCUGAUGAGGCGAAAUCUUCAUACCAGGUGGAGGGCACAGGAUACGACACUUACCUCAGGGAUGCCCACAGGCAGUUCCGGGAAUACUGUGCAAUCUGCCUGCGCUGGGAUUGGCCGGGAGCUGCCAAAGCGAUUGACAAGUGCAAUUUGGAGGCGCCUUUCUUCGAGGGCCACUUCCUGAAGGUGCUGUUUGAUAGGAUGGGCAGAAUCCUUGAUCAGCCCUAUGAUGUCAAUUUACAAGUAACGUCGGUGCUGUCCAAGCUCUCGCUGUUCCCCCAUCCGCACAUACACGAGUUUCUGUUGGACCCCUACGUGAAUCUGGCGCCCGGAUGUCGCUCUCUGUUCUCUGUUAUAGUCAGGGUGGUUGGAGACCUCAUGGUGAGAAUCCAGCGGAUCCCAGAGUUCACCCCCAAACUCCUACUUGUGAGAAAGAGACUGUUGGGCCUUGAACCAGACGGGCCGAUGGUGGAUCACAUGACGCUAUUGGAAGGGGUGAUUGUAUUGGAAGAAUUCUGCAAGGAACUGGCCGCCAUUGCUUUUGUCAAAUAUCACAGCUCCAGCACCCCAUAGCACCCCCUGCCUUUGGAUUUUAUACACCGCAAGACCAAA